CCGCGCAGGGACCGGAGGGGGCGGACGGGGCCUCGGGCUCCGGGGCAGGGGCGGUGCUGCCGCUUCCCCACCCCGGCCGGGCCCGCAGGAAGAGCCGGGGCCCGGUACCGGCAGCGCCGCUUCCGCGGAGGGAGCGCGUGCUCCUGUUCCCUGUGCCACCGCCAUGUCCCGGAGCCCCUCCAGCAGCUCUGUGGAAGACAAAGCCUUCCUGCUGGAGUACCGGUGCCACCCGGUGCACCCGGAGCCCCCCAGCCCCACCGGCAGGCACAGCUCCACGGUGCCCGAUGCCACCUCCCUGCUGGCAAUGGGGUCCCCCCCCACGGCCGAGCCGCGCCGCAUCGUCCUCAGCACCGACAGCCCGGCCGCAAUGAAGGUGGGCACCCAGCAGCUCAUCCCCAAGAGCUUGGCUGUGUCCACCAGGACCAAGCACAACACAUCCCGGCUCCAGAGCCGGGAGCUGCUGAGCCCUGACCCGAAGGGGACGUCGGUCCCAGGUCUGUCCCUGGAGGCAGAGGAGGAGGAGGAUGGGGGGGGAACCCUCAAGCGCAACCUAAGGAACAUGUCCUACCGAGCGGCCAUGAAGGAGCCGGGGCCAACAAACACCAUCUCCUCACUGAAACCUGUGUCCGAGGAGGGCAGUGCUCUGCCUGCACACAGCCCCGGCAGAAGCAAGAGAACCUUCGGGCGGAAGCGGGUGCAGAAGCGUGGGGGCUCCUUCAAGGACCAGCCUCGGCUGUACCAGGAAAUCCGGGAGAGGGGCCUGAACUCUGUCAGCCAUGAGUCAGAUGAGGAUGUGCUGGAGGAAUCCAUCCCAGAGGAGCCGUCCCCUGCGGGUGCUGCUAUCGUGGUGCAGAGCUAUCGCCCAGCACAAGUGACCUGGAGCCAGCUCCCAGAGGUGCUGGAAGCAGGAAUCCUGCACUGGAUAUCCCCUGAGGAGCGCAAGCGGCAGGAGGCAAUGUUUGAGAUCAUCACUUCUGAGUACUCCUACAUGCACAGCCUGAGCAUCCUGGUGUGCCACUUCAUGCGGUCAGAGGAGCUGAAGGACACCAUGACCCAGACAGAGCACCACCACCUCUUCUCCAACAUCAGCGACAUCCUGACCAUCAGCACAAGGUUCUUUGAAGACCUGGAGAAGCGGCACCAGGAGCACCUCCUCAUUCCUGACAUCAGUGACAUCGUGGAGGAGCACGCCUCGAACCACUUCAGUCCCUACAUCAGCUACUGCUCCAACGAGGUCUACCAGCAGAGGACACUUCAGAGGCUGCUAGCCACAAACCCCUCAUUUAAAGAGACCUUGAAGCAAAUUGAAAGGAAACCGGAAUGUGGAGGCCUGCCCAUGUUCUCAUUUCUCAUUCUCCCUAUGCAGAGGGUAACCCGGCUUCCUCUGCUCCUAGAUACUGUGUGUCAGAAAACAGAGGCAGGCACUGCAGCCUAUGGAGCUGCCACCAGAGCCCUGAAAGCCAUCAGCAAGCUGGUGAAGAACUGCAAUGAAGGUGCUCGUGCCAUGGAGAGGACGGAGCAGAUGUACACCCUGCAGAAACAGCUGGAGUUUGGGAAGAAGAAGCCAUUCCCACUGAUUUCCGCAUCCCGUUGGCUGCUGAAGCGGGGGGAGCUGUACCUGCUGCUCUCGGAAGAGGCCGGCAUCUUCCGCCGCGGCGCUGGCAAGCUCUGCUACCUCUUCUUAUUCAAUGACGUCCUCAUCAUAACCAAGAAGAAGAGCGAGGAGAGCUACACUGUCCUGAACUAUGCCACACUGGACCAGGUCACGGUGGAGAAGAUGGAGAGCACGGAUCCACCUUCCCCUCCUCCUGGCACAGCCCGAGGCACGGCCGGGGGGUUCCUGCUCCGGGUGGUGAUGGAGAAGGACAGCGAGGGCCGGCGCGAGGAGAUGGUGCUGUCGGCAGAGACGCUGAGCGACCGUGCCCGGUGGAUCACUGCACUGAUGCACAGGGAGAAGGAGAAGCCGGAUACAACUCCUAAAGGAGAUCUGAGCCAAGUGGAGAUAACCCAGCCCUACCUGGCUAAGCAGGCGGAUGAGAUCUCCCUGCAGCAGGCGGAUGUGGUCCUGGUGCUGGGGGCAGAGGACGGCUGGUGCUGGGGGGAGCGGCUCCGGGAUGGGGAACGGGGCUGGUUCCCGCAGGCCUGUGCUCGGCACAUCACCAACCGCACGGCUGUGGAGUGCAACGUGCGCCGCAUGGAGCGGCUGCGCCUCGAGACCGACGUGUAGCUGCCAGCCCAGCAAUGGGGCUUCACACCCCUAUGGACUGAGCCCAGAGCAAGAAGGGAGUGAGGAACCUUCCUGCUUGAGCUCCUUUGUCUGGAGCAGCCACCAGCAGCAAUCCUGUUGCUCAGGACUGGCUGUGACAGCAGCUGAUGAAUGUGGGACCUGGCAGCCGGGCGCUGCUGCCCAGCACUGAUAUUAAUGACCUGGAACAGGCUCCAGGAGCCAGCCCAGGGCUUGGCGCGGGUUGAAAAGGCUGCGGCUGUGCUCGGGGCUCUGUGAAGGAGCUCGUGCUGCCGUCUCCAUCCCUGCUGACGCCUGGGCCGGUGCCCGCUGGCAGUGACUGUGCAUCUCCUAUGGGAAGAGCUGGGGCUGAGGGAGCACACCUGAACCCAGAGCUUCAGGACCUUCAAUCCAUACCCUCAGCUAUUCCUUGACCUCUUUUCUCUCAUGAUUCCCUAUUUUCUUCCUUCCCCCAUUCUCCUCCUGGUUACUCUUGGCUCUGACCCUGCAGGGUGAGCAGUGCCAUCACCUUUCAGCUGCUCACUGACCUGGCAGGCAGCAGAGGCUGCUGCAGUCAGGAGUUGUUCUCAGGGAGCCAGCUCUGGCUGGAAAUAGGAUGCUCCAGGCACUGGGAAGCAAUUCACAACCCCUGCUGUAUAGGUGAGACGGGAGACCAAAGGGAGCGAUGCUAUAGAUCCCAUCUGAACCCAGGGGACUCCAUCCUGCAGGAGUGGGAUGUGGUCACAGAGGGUCAAACCUCAUCCUUGCCAUGGCAGAGCAGUCCCCUCUGCUCCCCUUCUCCCCCAGGGUUAGCACUGACGUGUGGUUAAUGAAGCUGAGGCAGGAGGGUCGCUUGUCCCAGCUGAGCUGUUUGGAUCUGGGUUUUCCAUGAAUGGGAUGUUUAACACUGUAGGGUCUUUGGGGUGGGAAACAGUGGCUGCAGUGUUGGGGUACGGCAGCUCUGUGCACUGCCUGGGUUUGGAUUCAUUGCUGUAAUGGGUCUGUUUUCAUUAAACUGUUAAA